ACGGGGUCACGAGAUUGGGUUUCAACUCCUUCGUCCUACAUAACAUGAGUAUAAUCGUAGCCAACUAUUAUAGCAUUUGCAAGUGAUCAUGGCUGAUGUCCCAUGCCCCGUUAUGAGCCAUCCACCCACCCAGAAUCUCACUCUCCCACUCCCAACAACAAAACCACAAACAACAGGAAGCCCCAAAACAAAGAAAAUCAAAAUGCCCAAACUCAGAGACAGUUCCAUGUUAUUCUUCUACCUAUGUCUCUUUCUAAUCCUCACCCAGUUCUCAAUCUGCAAUGGGGCUUCAGUUCUUGACCUCAAUGCACUCAAAGGAAGUGAAUUUGAUGUCAAAGUUGGGGACUGCAUAACGGAGCCAGAGAUGGAGUCAGAGAUAAGUAGAAGAGUGCUGGAAAUGCAGAAGAAGUACAUAAGCUAUGAGACACUGAAGAGGGACUUGAUUCCUUGUGCAAGGCCUGGGGCUUCAUACUACAAUUGUCAUCCUGUGGCGGCCAAUCCUUAUAAUAGAGGCUGUGAGGUCAUUACAAGAUGUAGAGAUACCCAGGAUAUCAAAACUUGAGAAAAAGGGGUAGUAGCAAUUCAUUUUCCUGUUUUUUCGUGUUGUAUCUGAUGUGGGUUUUCACUUAUUAAUGUAAAUUUGAGACCCAUUUGUUUGAAGUUCUAUACUAAUGUUAACACUGGCAUUAAUUUUUUUGUGAUCUAGGGCUUUACUGAGAUUAGGCUGCUUACAUGAAUU